GUGGCAUAUUGUUGGAGGAACAAAGGGAGCAUUUAGACAUGAUCUCUACCCUCCUGGAAUUUAUACUAUGAAUGGUAGAAGCAUAGAGUUAUGCACAGUUCAGUGCCUCCAACAAUAACUGUUGACUUUUUAUUCGUAAUCAGAGGAUCCUGGCAAUGGAAAACGAGUUUUUUUUCCUGGGUUUACGAGAACUGAACUGAAGUGGAAAAUGUUAUUUGCUUUCACGAAAUAAUUUUGUCUUGUGCAACAUAAAAUUCUGUCAGUCAAGCAAAUAAAGGAAGAAAGCCUUAUUUAUAAAAUUACCUGCUUCUGAUUUCACUUCAUUGCCUCUCAGGCUUCAAGAGGGGGAAAAAAAAUGAAGAUUUUCUUGCUCGGUAUUUUUCUAAUUUUAUGUGGUACCUCAGCCCGGGCAAAAGAUAAGCAUUAUUACAUUGGAAUUGUUGAAACAACUUGGGAUUAUGCCUCUGACCGUGGGGAAAAGAAACUUAUUUCAGUUGACAAGGAACAGUCCAAUAUCUAUCUUCAAAAUGGCCCCAAUAGAAUUGGAAGAUUGUACAAGAAGGCCAUUUACCUUCAGUACACAGAUGAAACCUUUAGGACAAUUAUAGAAAAACCUGUCUGGCUUGGGUUUUUAGGCCCUAUUAUCAAGGCUGAAACUGGAGAUAGAGUUUAUGUACAUUUUAAAAACUUUGCCUCUAGACCCUAUACUUUUCAUGCACAUGGAAUGACCUACUAUAAGGAACAUGAAGGGGCCAUCUAUCCUGAUAACACCACAGAUUUUCAAAAAGCAGAUGACAAAGUGCAUCCGGGUGAGCAGUAUACGUACAUAUUGCAUGCCAACCCAGAACAAGGUCCUGGAAAGGAAGACAGCAAUUGUGUGACCAGGAUUUACCAUUCCCACAUUGAUGCUCCAAAAGAUAUUGCCUCAGGGCUCAUUGGACCUUUAAUACACUGUAGAAAAGAUUCUCUGGAUAAAGAAAAAGAAAAAAAUAUUGACCAAGAAUUUGUGGUGAUGUUUUCUGUGGUGGAUGAAAAUCUCAGCUGGUAUCUAGAAGAUAACAUCAAAACCUACUGCUCUGAACCAGAGAAAGUGGAGCCAGACAAUGAAGACUUCAAGGAGAGUAACCGAAUGUAUUCUGUGAAUGGAUACUCUUUUGGAAGUCUCCCAGGACUUUCCAUGUGUGCUGAAGACAGAGUAAAAUGGUAUCUUUUUGGUAUGGGUAAUGAAAUUGAUGUGCAUGCAGCUUUCUUCCAUGGGCAAGUGUUGACUAAUAAGAACUACCGCAUUGAUACCAUCAAUCUCUUUCCUGCUACCCUCUUUGAUGCUUUCAUGGUGGCUCAGAACCCUGGAGAAUGGAUGCUUAGCUGUCAGAAUCUAAACCAUCUGAAAGCUGGUUUGCAGGCCUUUUUCAGGGUACAAGACUGUAAAAAGACUUCAUCUGAGGAUGCUAUCCAUGGCAAACACGUUAGACACUACUACAUCGCUGCUGAGGAAAUUAUCUGGAACUAUGCACCCUCUGGAAUAGACACCUUCACCAAAGAAAACUUAACAGCACCGGGAAGUGCUUCAGAGGUGUUUUUUACACGUGGUUCUACAAGAAUUGGAGGCUCAUAUAAAAAGCUGGUUUACCGUGAGUACAAAGAUGCCUCCUUCACAAAUCGAAAGGAGAGAGGACCUGAAGAGGAACAUCUUGGCAUUCUAGGUCCUGUCAUUUGGGCAGAGGUGGGAGACACCAUCCGAGUCACCUUCCGUAACAAAGGAGCAUAUCCCCUCAGUAUUGAGCCCACUGGGGUGAGAGUCAGUAAGAGCCAGGAGGGCACAUACUAUGCCUCACAUUACAUUUCUUCAAGUGAAAAUGUGCCUCCUUCUGCCUCACAUGUGGCGCCCAAAGAAACAUUCACCUAUGAAUGGACUGUCCCCAAAGAAGUGGGGCCCACUUACAAAGAUCCUGUCUGUCUAACUAAGAUGUAUUACUCUGCCGUGGAUCCCACCAAAGAUAUAUUCACCGGGCUUAUUGGACCAAUGAAAAUAUGCAAGAAAGGAAGUUUACUUGCAAAUGGGAGACUGAAAGAUGUAGACAAGGAGUUCUAUUUGUUUCCCACAGUGUUUGAUGAGAAUGAGAGUCUACUUUUGGAUGAUAAUAUUCAAAUGUUUACAACAGAACCUAAUAAGGUGGAUAAAGAAAAUGAAGACUUUCAGGAAUCUAAUAAGAUGCACUCCAUGAAUGGAUUCAUGUACGGCAAUCAGCCUGGUCUCAAUAUGUGCCAAGGAGAUUCGGUCGUGUGGUAUUUAUUCAGUGCUGGAAAUGAGGUCGAUGUACACGGGAUAUACUUUUCAGGGAACACUUACCUGUCAAGAGGAGAAAGGAGAGACACAGCAAACCUCUUCCCUCAGACAAGUCUUAGGCUCUUCAUGCAGCCUGACACUGCAGGGACUUUUGAUGUUGAGUGCCUCACAACUGAUCACUACACAGGAGGCAUGAAACAAAAAUACACUGUAAACCAGUGCAAGCAGCUAAAUGAGAAUUCAUACCUCUACCUGGGAGAAAGGACCUACUACAUCGCAGCAGUGGAGGUGGAAUGGGAUUAUUCCCCAAGUAGGGAAUGGGAAAAGGAGCUGCAUCAUUCACAAGAACGAAAUGUUUCAAAUGCAUUUUUAGACAAGGGAGAAUUUUACAUAGGCUCGAAGUACAAGAAAGUUGUUUAUCGGCAAUUCACUGACAGCACGUUCCAAGUUCCAGUGCAGAGAAAAGCUAAAGAAGAACACCUGGGAAUUCUAGGUCCACAACUUCAUGCCGAUGUUGGAGACAAAGUAAAUAUUGUCUUUAAAAAUACAGCCACAAGGCCCUACUCAAUACAUGCCCAUGGAGUGAAAACGGAGAGUCCAACAGUUAUCCCAACAGUACCAGGUGAAACACGCACUUACGUAUGGAAAAUCCCGGAAAGAUCUGGAGCUGGAAUAGAUGAUUCUCCUUGUAUUCCAUGGGUUUACUAUUCAACUGUGGAUCAAGUUAAGGAUCUCUAUAGCGGAUUAAUUGGGCCACUGAUUGUUUGUCGGAAACCCUACUUGAAAGUAUUCAAUCCCAUAAAGAACCUGGAAUUUUCCCUUCUGUUUCUUGUUUUUGAUGAGAAUGAAUCUUGGUACUUAGAUGACAACAUCAAAACAUACUCUGAUCACCCUGAAAAAGUAGACAAAGCCAAUGAUGAAUUUAUAGAAAGCAAUAAAAUGCAUGCUAUUAAUGGAAGAAUGUUUGGGAACUUGCAAGGCCUCACGAUGCAUGUGGGAGAUGAAGUCAACUGGUAUCUGAUGGGAAUGGGCAAUGAAAUAGACUUGCACACAGUACAUUUCCACGGCCAUAGCUUCCAAUACCAGCACAGGGGCAUUUAUACUUCUGAUGUAUUUGACAUUUUCCCUGGGACAUACCAAACCUUAGAAAUGUUUCCAAAAACAUCUGGAACCUGGUUACUCCACUGCCAUGUGACUGACCAUAUUCAUGCUGGAAUGGAAACUACCUACACCGUUCUACCAAAUGAAGCAUCUUCUCAGACUCAGAGGAGGAUAUGGAACAUGAACUAUCCAUUUACUGUCAGCAUCAUUAUUUUAUUGCAAAUAUCUACCAAGGAAUGGCUAGGAGAAUAAGGUCCUCUGAUGUUCUCAAAGGUAUGGUGUCAGGAGGCUGCUUCUUAGAUAAUCUCCAGAUGUACUGUGACGUGAGCUUGAAGAAGAGUUCCUGAAGUACCACAUCAGGGAGACACGCUACCAGCAGAGCUUCCCAAAAGUCUACUAAGAGCUGAGGAAUCGUAUCUUCAUCCUUGCCGCAAAGCACCUUGAGAACAGUGAAACAAGCGCCCAUAUCUCAGAUGAAUAUAGCACCUAUCAAGUUUCAGAUGGUCUGAAUAGCACUCCAUCAUGUGGACUACAUAUUCAAUAAUUUAUCAUUAGCAUCAGUGCCAUGGUAAAAGUGAAUUUAGUUAACAGACUCCAGAUUGCAUGAAUGAAAUUUUUCUAGAUACUUUUUAAAAAAUAUGUACUUUUAUAAAUGGUUAUGGAUAAGUCAGAUUUCUCAAUAAACAAAUGAAGACUCUCUUCGCUUAUUCUGCUCCCCAUCCCCCACCAACUUCACCAGGUCAUCCAGAACAAUUACAUUUUCAGAGUGGCAAACCUUAAAGAAGGAAUCUGCUUCUUCAAUUGCAAUUUUGUUGUUCUUCUGUAAGCCCAGGACUGAAGCCACAAGUAACCCAGGCUGCGUCUCUUUCAAGUGAACCGCAAACUCAGUUGGAACCAUCUGUCCCUUCCUCUGUUGAAUCAACAGCCGAGGUUCCAGGAUGAAGCCACAUACCAACUUCAUCUUUAGAUAAAAAAGACAUUUAAGAACAGAAUAUAUAUUGUAUUCAUCUUGAAAAUACAUGCCAGUGCAUUCAAGAAUCACUGAUAAGCCACUGAUAAUUUACUUAAAUCUCAAUUUUUUAACUACAAAGUCAAGUUUUAAGGACACCAUUGAUGAUUGUCUUUAUAGAAGAUGAAGGACUUAAUUAAACAUCAAGAUGUCCUAUUUUGUAGAAAGCUUUCUUUUUAGAUCUAUAUAAGAUUUUUCAAAAUUAUGAAAAAUACAUCUUUCUAGAAUUCUACUCUUCAAAGUAAAGACAUCUCGGCAUUGACUUGCUGUCCUCAUCACAACAAAAUGUGCAUUUGUACAGCAGUAAAGCACUCCUGAUCUUCUUGGAGAGGCCUGAGACAUAACAAAGUGCUCAAUUAAUGUCACCUCUUAAUUUCUUCCUCUAGCUCAUGUUUCUACAUGGCCUCUCUUCCCAGGGAAGCCAGCUUUUUUCUGAUACACCAUUCAAAUGCCCCAUCCUCCAUACAGUCAUUUAUGACCUUCCCAUGAGCAGGCUAUUUCUGCAGCUAAUGGACUCCUAAGGCUCAAGUUUAAUAUCCCGCUUGCUGAAAUAAUAUAUGCGUGCAUAUAUUAUCAUAUAUCACUGUUUUGUUUUCAGGAACACACCACACCAUUCCCUCAUGCCAGGUCAGUCUGUCAGCUCACAGCAGAGCCUAUGUACUCCUCAAUCCCAGCACUGUGCUCUGAACAUACCUGACACUGGAUACCCAUUGCUGCCAUAUUUCAUUCAUAAUUCUUCUUAAUUUGCCAAAUCCAAAAGCCCAAGUGCUCCACUUUGGUCACUUCCUUUCCUCUUUUAAAAAAUAUUUUAUUUGGAGUUCCAGUUGUGGCUUAGUGGUUAACGAAUGCAACUAGGAACCAUGAGGUCUCGGGUUUGGCCCCUGGCCUCGCUCAGUGGGUUAAGGAUCCGGCAUUGCCAUGAGCUGUGGUAUAGGUUGCAGAAGCGCUCAGAUCUGGCACUGCUGUGGCUGUGGCGUAGGCUGGCAGCUACAGCUCCGAUUAGACCCCUAGCUUGGGAACCUCCACAUGUCGUGGGGGCUGCCCUAG